ACAACCCUUUAUUUGACAACUUAACUCCGCCUAAAAGGCUAAAACCCCAAGUUCUUCAGUUCCGCACCGCCAUCCGGUGUUGUUUUACUUAGACGCGAAACAAUCUUCGCCGCCGGCAUACUUUUCCGUCCAACUUACGUCAUGCAAAUGGCUGCUAUCGUCCGUCGCGUUUCUGGAUCUUCUAGAAAUCGCAUCUUCCUUCAUCACCUAAUGGCUGAAGAAGCUUCUCUGUAUCCAUCCUCUUCUCUUUCCAGAAAUUUCCAUACUUCCUCUCUCCAUAAUAUUGCUUCAAUCAGGAAUUCGUCCAGUGAAUUGCGGUGCCAAUGGCAGAAUCCUAAUCAUUCAUUGCCUCAUUUGGCGGCGCCUUUCUCUUCGGCUAUUGCUGCUGAGACCAGUAAUAAUACUGUGAAGGAACUUCAUGAUAAAAUUCUUGAAUCCAUUAAGGCCAAAAGCUCUGCUCCUCCAAAUGCAUGGUUGUGGGCACUCGUUGAGAAAUGUAAAAGCUCGGAUGAUAUUAAGCUUUUGUUUGAUAUUUUGGAGAAGCUUCGAAUAUUCCGACUAUCAAAUCUCCGAAUCCAGGAUAAUUUUAAUUGUAACUUGUGUCUAGAAGUUGCCAAGGCAUGUGUUCGAGCGGGGACUGUCAAAUAUGGAAAGAGAACAAUAUGUAGGCAUAAUGUCUAUGGUUUGACUCCUGCAAUUGGAUCUGCCAACCAGCUAUUGUUUUAUGCGAAGGAGCAGAAAGAUGUUAAGCUCAUGUUGGACAUAAUGAAUCACGUAAAAAAGAAUGAUUUACCAUUACAACCUGCAACCGCAGAUAUUGUUUUCAGUAUAUGUUAUGCGGCUGAUAAUUGGGAAUUGAUAACAAAGUACUCUAGAAGGUUUUUAAAGGCUGGAGUCAAAUUGCGGAAAAGUACAUAUGAAAUUUGGAUGGAGUUUGCUUCCAAGAGAGGUGACCUUGAAUCUCUCUGGAAAAUUGAAAAAUUACGAUCAGAUAUGUACAAUCAGCACACUAUCAAGAGUGGGUUUUCUUGUGCGAAGGGAUACUUGCUUGAGAAAAAGCCUGAAAGUGCUGCUAGUGUGAUUCAAGCUAUUAAUCAGAGUUUUCCUGAUUCAAAAAGACAAGAUAUAAUUAAUGAGCUACAAAAAAUGGUCAAUGAGUGGCCAAUGGAGGUCAUAAAGCAUCAGAAGCAGGAGAAUAAGAAGGCUGUUAUUGAUUCGUUAAAGGCUGAUAUUCCUGCUAUGCUUAGCUCCCUCUCUAACAUGGGUGUAAAAUCCAAUGUCAACUUGGAAGACCUAAAUUCAGCAGAACCCUUGCUAUCUUAAACCUGCUUUAACGACUUGACUAGGAAAACAAAUUUUUCAUCGUUAUCAUUGAUCGCACAAGACUGAGAUUAUGGCAAAUUCACUGCAGCGUUAAUAAGUAUGAAACUGUUCAGCUAUCGACAUAUUCUCAGCUCUAGCAUGCUGCUCCGUUGAUCUUGAUAAGCUGAAAGGUUUUACAGAAUGGUGCAGCCGGGUAAAACAUGUUAGUUCACAUUCAUACCUCAAACGUUUUCUUCUAGGACUUUAAUUGUUAAGAUUGGAGCAGCUUCUUUUCAGUCUGUAUUGCCUCCCGUCUCAUUGCGCGUCAAAUUGUCAAUGACUAUUUAUGUCGCAUAAAUAUUUGUAUGCAAUGUCUCUGAUCUUUUUCUUAUUAUUCAUAAUGUCUUGCGAUAGCCCCAAUUUUUGGCGAGGCAUUCGAGGAAUUGUUUCUAUCAACAUUAAAAUCCAUUUUGUGUUGACAGUUUUCUAUAUUCGCAUUGAUUAUAUUCGCAUUGAUCGAAAAAAAACCUUGAUGGAAAUUAUUUACACAAUUUCAUUCUACGCACGCAGAAUUGUAUGUGGGGGUGAUAAUUGAUCGAGUAGAUCACACGAGAGCUUAUGCUCAAUUUAACGCAAUAUAUUUUCAAGUUGGUCUUGAGUCCAGUAAUCUCAUAUUGAGUCUGUCUAG